UGUCUUUCCAAAUAAACAAAGAGUAUUCAAACAAAAUGUGGAGGCUGAGACUUGGACCGAAGGCCGGAGAAGAUACUCACUUGUUCACCACCAACAACUAUGCCGGGAGGCAGAUUUGGGAGUUCGAUGCCAACGCAGGCUCUCCAGAGGAACUUGCCGAGGUAGAGGAUGCUCGUCAGAAUUUUUCAAACAACCGGUCACGUUUCAAGACCAGUGCAGAUCUCCUAUGGCGGAUGCAGUUUCUCAGGGAGAAGAAAUUCGAGCAAAAGAUUCCACGAGUGAUAGUAGAGGAUGCGAGGAAAAUAAAGUACGAAGAUGCAAAGACCGCAUUGAGAAGAGGGUUACUCUAUUUCACAGCCUUGCAGGCUGAUGAUGGACACUGGCCAGCUGAAAACUCUGGUCCAAAUUUCUACGCCCCACCUUUUUUGAUAUGCCUGUACAUCACUGGAAAUCUGGAGAAAAUCUUCACUCCCGAGCAUGUUAAAGAGUUACUACGUCACAUCUACAACAUGCAGAACGAAGAUGGUGGGUGGGGAUUACACGUAGAAAGCCACAGUGUUAUGUUCUGUACAGUCAUCAACUACAUUUGUUUAAGAAUUGUGGGCGAAGAAGCCAGUCAUGAUGAUCAAGGAAAUGGUUGUGCAAAGGCUCAUAAGUGGAUCAUGGACCAUGGUGGUGCUACCUACACGCCCUUGAUAGGAAAAGCGUUACUAUCGGUUCUUGGAGUGUAUGAUUGGUCUGGAUGCAAUCCUAUACCUCCAGAGUUCUGGUUGCUUCCGUCUUCUUUUCCUGUUAAUGGAGGGACUCUCUGGAUUUAUUUACGGGAUACUUUUAUGGGGUUGUCAUACUUGUAUGGUAAAAAAUUUGUGGCUGCCCCAACACCUCUCAUUCUCAAGCUCCGAGAAGAGCUUUAUCCGGAGCCUUAUGCAAAAAUCAAUUGGACGCAAACACGAAACCGAUGUGCAAAGGAAGAUCUCUACUAUCCACGCUCAUUUUUACAAGAUUUGUUUUGGAAAAGUGUUCACAUGUUCUCGGAGAGUAUCCUAGAUCGAUGGCCUUUAAACAAACUAAUAAGAGAGAGAGCUCUUCGAUCCACUAUGUCACUCAUUCACUAUCAUGAUGAAUCCACCAGAUAUAUUACAGGCGGAUGCCUGCCAAAGGCCUUUCAUAUGCUUGCAUGUUGGAUAGAAGACCCUAAGAGUGAUUAUUUUAAAAAACAUCUUGCUCGAGUUCGCGAAUACAUAUGGAUUGGCGAGGAUGGCCUGAAAAUUCAGUCUUUUGGUAGCCAAUUAUGGGAUACAUCCUUAUCGCUACAUGUCUUGUUAGACGGUAUUGAUGAGCAUGAUGUUGAUGAGAUUAGAACAACGCUCGUUAAAGGAUAUGAUUACUUGAAGAAAUCUCAAAUUACAGAGAACCCUCGCGGUGAUCACUUCCAAAUGUUUCGUCACAUUACAAAAGGUGGAUGGACGUUUUCAGAUCAAGAUCAAGGAUGGCCUGUUUCAGAUUGUACUGCUGAAAGUUUAGAGUGUUGUCUAUUCUUCGAGAGCUUGCCAUCAGAGCUAAUCGGGAAAAAAAUGGAUGUGGGGAAACUGUAUGAUGCUGUUGAUUAUCUUCUCUAUCUGCAGAGUGAUAAUGGAGGCAUAGCAGCAUGGCAACCGGUUGAUGGGAAAGCCUGGUUAGAGUGGCUUAGUCCAGUGGAGUUUCUUGAAGACGCGGUGGUCGAGUAUGAGUAUGUAGAAUGUACGGGGUCAGCGAUUGUCGCGUUGGCUAAGUUUAAUAAACAGUUUCCAGAGUAUAAAAAAGCAGAGGUUAAACAGUUUAUAACAAAGGGUGCAAAGUACAUUGAAGACAUGCAAACGGUGGAUGGUUCAUGGUACGGAAAUUGGGGAGUGUGUUUUAUAUAUGGGACCUUCUUUGCGGUAAGAGGUCUUGUGGCUGCUGGGAAGACUUACGGUAACUGUGAAGCAAUUCGUAAAGCAGUUCGUUUUCUUCUCGACACACAAAAUCUGGAGGGUGGAUGGGGAGAGAGCUUUCUCUCUUGUCCAAACAAGAUAUACACUCCUUUGAAAGGAAACAGCACAAAUGUGGUGCAAACAGGACAAGCACUUAUAGUGCUAAUUAUGGCUGAUCAAAUGGAGAGAGAUCCUUUACCGGUUCAUCGCGCUGCCAAAGUGUUGAUCAAUUCACAGUUGGAUAAUGGCGAUUUUCCACAACAGGAAAUAAUGGGAACGUUCAUGAGAACUGUGAUGCUCCAUUUUCCAACCUAUAGGAACACGUUCUCUCUUUGGGCUCUCACACAUUACACACAGGCUCUGCGACGGCUUCUCCCUUAAGCAUGUCACAUAUCUAUGCUCUUCACCUUUUUACAUAUUGAUUAAGUUUUUUUUUUUUUUUCCUUUGCAUGUAUAAUAAAAUAGAUGUUAUAUACAUCUAUCAAUAAUGAACUGUGGUUAUUGAACGAUCUCUAAAAUAAUUAAUUGAGAAGUAGAAACGCACCAUAUUAAAAGUUAGGGCAAUGGAGGCUUGUGGUUAAAAGUUGGAA